AUGCCUCUCCACUCCGAUUGCGGAUACCUCUCUUUCCCCCCGUUUACUCAAUUUCUCUCCGUCCCCCACUCCUCACGGCCUCAAUCACACGGACAAUGGUCGCCAGGGCGACGCAUCCUUUCACCCUCGGGCCGACGGAUUUGCAGGGACCGGCUCCCUCUCGCCUCCAUCACCAAGACGACGGCCGGAACCGUUCGAGUCGGACUCGUCAAGCGGUUCACCUCGUCGGUCGGGAAGCGGCUGUUGCGGUCAGUUCUCCACAUGUUGUUCAACGUCCAGGCCAGCGGAGAGCCGAUCAAGCGUCUGUCGACGGCUGUUGUUGGUACGUGA